UGUGUAUCACAUCAUAAACUAAGAAACUUUCUCAUUCAGCUUUUUAGUUUCCAAGUUUUUUCUGUGUUUGAUAAAUACCUCGGUCUAGACACAGGCCAGAGAGGAUCGCGUCACACCAUUGUGUACCAAAAUCCUCUCUGCGUUCAGUCAAAAUUGUGAAAGCAUGUAUCUGGCUAUCGUUUUCAAACCAUUCCCGUUUUCCUAAACCCGCAUUCUACUGCUAGGGAUCCCCUAAAACUGGCAAAAUCAGGAAGCCCAACUUGAGCAGGGAAGUGGCCCGGUACAUGGUACCAAAUUCGUGUACAUGCACAAAAACUACACUUUCGCGCACUCCCAAACACAUUUUUGUUUCGGUUUAUGACAUUCUAUAGCCAGAAGAAACUACAGGGGAAACUGCAGGUGCUCUUACGCCCGCGUCCGAACGCGCCCUGGAGCUGGUAUCCGGGGAAGUUGGUCCCUCUCAAGGAUUUCUAUUUUGAGGAUGCGGCCUUCGUGCAAGUGCAGCUGCCGUAUGGCACCGUCGAGGAGCUGGUCCGCUGGGAGCAGGUACGCUCCGGCUCAGUGAUGACGGACGGAAAGUUUAAGGAGCGCCAGCGUGUGAAGCCCAAUGAGUUUGUCAUCCGCGCUUGUCCACUGCCUGUCGGGUACUGGUCGGAGGCGAGCCCGCAGCUCGUAGAUAUCCUGAAAGUUCGAAUGAACAAACAGUACUCGAUACUGUGCACGGCGGUGCUGAGCCAAACACUGCUGUAUCUCCAGGAGCAAUAUGACACUUCACUGACAGCGGAACAGCUGCAAGACGAAUGCGAUAAAGCGAAACAAGAGCUGACGAGCGGCGGCUCGUUAUCGACACAGCAACGGCCAAUCGGUGUGCUGCAAACAGGCGGUGAAACGCGCAAAACUGCCGGGAAGCCCCACUGUCUGCCGUUGCCGACUGAACUGCUCCUUGAGGUCUUCCAGUCGUUGGACUCCAUCGAGCGCAUCCGCUGUCGGCGGGUCUGUCACGUGUGGAACAGCAUCCUCACCACGAAAGCUUACUUUCCCGAUGUCCGCGUCUUUGGCCAGGCAGGUUAUUAUGAGGAUUUCUCGUGGGACGGGACCUACUGGAUGCUGGCCUGCUUGUUCAAGUGCCUGACCAACGCCACCAAGAUGGUGGUGAUCAGCGAUCUGGACCGAGGCGGAUUCCUGCACGUGCCGACGCCUAUUAAGCGCGUCUUCAACGAACGCCGGCAGAUCCCGCUCGUGGUGAUGUACGAGUGCGAGCUGGACGAAGAAUGUGAGGGCGUGCCGUAUCUAAUUGGCUGUUUGGCUCGCAAGGUCUGGGAGUGUUCGUGUGCGAGAAUGAUAUGGAGCGGGGGCUGCAUUUACUACGACAGGCGGACCGUUCUUGUGGAGCAGCAUACAUUUACUGUCCGAUCGCGGGCCGACGCUGAGGUGCAGAUGUGGGAUCUCUUUGAGAACCUGCAGGCUGCUGAGAAAUCAUUUGAUGUAAAGGCUUUGGCGGAAUGGAUCGCGGACUGCUUGGUCCACCAGCGUUCUAGAGAGAUUGACAACGUUUUAUGGAGACUGAACGAGUACCAGAGUCCGGAUCCGCGCCCGACCUCUCAGUAUCGCGGUGUGAAAUGGACCGUGUCUAACAUCUCGGAUCUGGAUGUCAAAAAGCUGUCCAUGCUGACUGUGGCGUUUUUGAGCGAGUGCAUUAAACCCAAUCGGAUAGUAGCUGAUAAAUGCGAACUGACAGCAGCUCCAUCCAGUAGGUAAUGGUUUUCUGCUCCCACAGUGGAAAAUAAUCCUUCAGUAAAGCCUCGUAAACUUCUUCCUAUCAAGUGAUCCAUGCUUUCAAGUUUUCUAUUUUUGUUCUGAUGUUUAAAUUUUGAAUCAUUUAAAGUAGUUUCUACCUGCACAAGUUCAUUGUUACCUGAAUUGACCAU